AACUACCGACCACUUGAUCAUGGACACCUAAGUUUAUUACAAACAUGAUGAUCCUUGCAGAACUGAAAUCAAUUUUACACAAUUUGAAGAUAAAAUUUUAGAGUGUAGAAGCACUUUUAAGAAUGAACACUACACCCAGUUGUGUUGGUAAAUACAGAAGGAUGAGAAGAACACUAUGAUGGCAAAGAACAAAGAGCCUCGUCCCCCAUCCUAUGCUAUUAGUGUGGUUGGACUUUCUGGGACUGAAAAAGACAAGGGGAACUGCGGAGUUGGAAAGUCGUGUUUGUGCAAUAGGUUUGUGCGUUCAAAAGCAGAUGAAUAUUACCCUGAACAUACCUCUGUGCUUAGCACAAUUGACUUUGGUGGACGAGUUGUUAAUAAUGAUCACUUUUUAUACUGGGGUGACGUAAUACAAUGUGGAGAGGAUGGAGUAGAUUGCAAAAUUCAUGUUAUUGAACAGACUGAGUUCAUUGAUGAUCAGACUUUUCUGCCUCAUCGGAGUACGAACUUACAACCUUACAUAAAACGUGCAGCUGCAACCAAAUUGCAGUCAGCCGAAAAACUUAUGUAUAUUUGCACAGAUCAGCUUGGAUUAGAGCAAGACUUUGAACAAAAGCAAAUGCCUGAAGGAAAGUUAAAUAUCGAUGGAUUUUUAUUGUGCAUUGAUGUAAGUCAAGGAUGCAAUAGGAAGUUUGAUGACCAACUUAAAUUUGUAAAUAAUCUUUACAUUCAGCUAUCAAAAUCUAAAAAGCCUAUAAUAAUAGCAGCAACUAAAUGUGAUGAGUGUGUGGAACAUUAUUUACGAGAAGUUCAAGCAUUUGCUUCAAAUAAAAAGAACCUUCUGGUAGUUGAGACAUCAGCAAGAUUCAAUGUAAAUGUAGAAACAUGUUUUACUGCACUGGUACAAAUGAUGGAUAAAACUCGUGGUAAACCGAAAAUAAUUCCCUAUCUGGAUGCCUAUAAAACACAGAGACAGCUUGUUGUGUCUUCAACAGAUAAAUUUGAAAAACUUGUACAGACUGUGAGAGACUAUCAUGCCACUUGGAAAACGGUUAGUAAUAAACUGAAAAAUCAUCCAGAUUAUGAAGAAUACAUUAAUUUGGAGGGAACAAAAAAGGCCAAAAAUACAUUUUCAAAACACAUAGAGCAACUUAAACAAGAGCACAUAAGAAAAAGAAGAGAUGAAUAUAUUAAUACAUUACCAAGAGCAUUUAACACACUUCUGUCAAACCUUGAAGAGAUUGAACAUUUGAGUUGGUCAGAAGCUUUGAAAUUAAUGGAGAAAAGACAAGAUUUUCAACUAUGUUUUGUAGUGCUGGAAAAAACACCUUGGGAUGAAACUGACCAUAUAGAUAAAGUGAAUGACAGGAGAAUUCCAUUUGACCUUUUGAACACACUAGAAGCUGAAAAGGUGUAUCAAAAUCAUGUUCAGCAUCUAAUAUCAGAAAAAAGAAGAGUUGAAAUGAAGGAGAAGUUCAAAAAAACACUUGAAAAAAUACAGUUCAUUUCUCCUGGACAACCUUGGGAAGAAGUUAUGUGUUUUGUGAUGGAGGAUGAAGCUUUUAAAUAUAUUACAGAGGCAGAUAGUAGAGAAGUGUAUAGUAGGCAUCAACGGGAAAUAGUUGAAAAAGCCAAAGAGGAGUUUCAGGAAAUGCUUUUUGAACAUUCAGAACUAUUUUAUGAUCUGGAUUUGAAUGCAACACCUAGUUCUGAUAAAAUGAGUGAAAUUCAUGCAGUUUUGAGUGAAGAGCCUAGAUACAAAGCUUUACAGAAACUUGCACCUGAUAGAGAGUCUCUUCUUCUUAAACACAUAGGAUUUGUAUAUCACCCUACUAAAGAAACGUGUCUCAGUGGCCAAAACUGUAUGGACAUUAAAGUAGAACAGUUACUUGCUGGAAGUCUCUUGCAAUUGGACCACGGUCGCUUAAACUUUUAUCAUGAUAGUGCCAACAUUGAUAAAGUUAAUAUUUUCAUUUUGGGUAAAGAUGGACUUGCGCAAGAGCUGGCAAAUGAGAUUCGGACACAAUCCACAGAUGAUGAAUAUGCCUUAGAUGGAAAAAUAUAUGAACUUGAUCUUAGACCAGUUGAUGCAAAGUCACCUUAUCAGUUAUGGACUUCUGCCUUCAAACCACAUGGAUGUUUCUGUGUGUUCAGUUCAAUUGAAUCUCUUAAUUUUAUUGGAGAAUCCAUCGGAAAAAUCAGGACUGAGGCAUCUCAGAUAAGAGACAAGUAUAUGGCCAAUCUUCCAUUUACAUUAAUACUGGCUAAUCAGAGAGAGAGCGUUAGCAAGAAUUUGCCAAUCUUGAGACAUCAAGGACAACAACUGGCAAACAAGUUGCAGUGUCCUUUUAUAGAUGUCCCUGCUGGUACUUACCCACGUAAAUUUAAUGAGACUCAAAUAAAGCAAGCUUUGCGGGGAGUUCUGGAAGCAGUUAAACAUAACUUUGAUGUUGUAAGCCCUGUUCCUACAAUUAAGGACCUUUCAGAAGCAGAUUUGAGGAUUGUUAUGUGUGGCAUGUGUGGAGAUCCCUUCAGUGUAGAUCUUAUUCUUUCACCCUUCCUUGAUUCUCAUUCCUGCAGUGCUGCUCAGGCUGGCCAGAAUAAUUCUCUAAUGCUUGAUAAAAUUAUAGGUGAGAAACGGAGGCGAAUUCAGAUAACGAUAUUAUCGUAUCAUUCUUCAAUUGGUGUAAGAAAAGAUGAACUUGUUCAUGGGUAUAUCUUAGUUUACUCUGCCAAAAGAAAAGCAUCUAUGGGAAUGCUUCGAGCAUUUCUGUCAGAAGUGCAAGACACAAUUCCUGUCCAGUUAGUGGCUGUUACUGACAGUCAAGCAGACUUCUUUGAGAAUGAAGCUAUCAAGGAAUUAAUGACUGAAGGUGAACAUAUAGCAACUGAGAUUAAUGCUAAGUUUACAGCCCUGUAUUCUUUAUCUCAGUAUCACCGCCAGACUGAGGUUUUUACUUUGUUCUUCAGUGAUGUUUUAGAGAAGAAAAAUAUGAUUGAAAAUUCCUAUAUGACUGAUAACACAAGAGAAACAACACACACAAGUGAGGAUGUUUUCUUGCAUUCCCCCAGAGGAAGCUCUCUUGCUUACAAUUAUUAUCCAGAUUCAGAAGAUGAUACUGAAGCCCCACCUCCUUACAGCCCAAUCGGGGAUGAUGUACAGCUACUCCCAACACCUGAUCGCUCAAAAUAUCGAUUAGAUUUGGAAGGUAAUGAAUAUCCUAGUCAUAGUACACCUCUGAACUGUCAUGACCAUGAACGCAACCAUAAAGUGCCUCCUCCCAUAAAACCGAAGCCAAUAGUGCCCAAGACAAAUGUGAAAAAAUUAGAUCCAAACUUGGUAAAAACCAUUGAGGCAGGCAUUGGUAAAAACCCAAGAAAACAAUCUAGAAUGGCUUUGGCAGCAACUGAUGAUCUUGACCAGUCUGAUAAUUAUGCAGAACCAAUUGACACUGUUUUUAAGCACAGAGGUGUUACUGAUGAUAUCUACGCAAUUCCAGAUGAUAGUCAGAAUCGUGUAGUUAAAAUUAGAAAUUCAUUUAUUAUAAAUAAUGCCCAAGGAGAUGAAGAAAAUGGCUUUCCAGAUAGAAUUUCAAAGACUCAAGGUGAAAGAAGACCUUCAAAAUAUAAAUACAGAUCUAAAACGCUGUUCAGUAAAGCCAAAUCUUAUUAUAGGAGAGCACAUUCAGAUGCAAGUGAUGAUGAAGCUUUUACUACAUCUAAAACUAAAAGAAAAGGAAGACAUCGUGGUAGUGAAGAAGAUCCACUUCUGUCUCCUGCAGAAACAUGGAAAGCUGGCAUUGAUAAUCCUGCUAUUACAUCAGAUCAAGAGUUAGAUGAUAAAAAGAUGAAGAAGAAAACACAGAAGGUGAAAGAAGAUAAAAAACAAAAAAAGAAAACGAAGACAUUCAAUCCACCAACUCGUAGAAAUUGGGAUAGUAAUUACUUUGGGAUACCCCUGCAGGAUUUGGUUACACCUGAAAAGCCUAUACCACUCUUUGUUGAGAAGUGUGUGGAGUUCAUUGAAGAUACAGGACUUUGUACUGAAGGUCUCUAUCGUGUUAGUGGGAAUAAGACAGAUCAAGACAACAUUCAGAAGCAGUUCGAUCAAGAUCAUAACAUCAGUCUGGAAUCCAUGGAUGUAACAGUAAAUGCUGUGGCAGGAGCUCUGAAAGCUUUCUUCGCAGAUCUACCAGAACCUUUAAUUCCUUACUCACUACAUCCAGAAUUAGUUGACGCAUCAAAAAUCCUUGAUAAGACUGAGCGGCUGUAUGAAUUAAAAGAAAUAGUGAAAAAAUUCCAUCCGGUGAACUAUGAAGUCUUCAGAUAUGUAAUAACUCAUCUGAACAGGGUUAGUCAACAGAACAGAACCAAUUUUAUGACUGCAGACAAUUUAUCUAUCUGUUUUUGGCCAACAUUGAUGAGACCUGAUUUUGAAAACAGAGAGUUCUUAUCAACCACCAAGAUUCUUCAAUCAGUAAUAGAAACAUUCAUUCAACAAUGUCAGUUUUUCUUCUAUGGUGGAGAAAUUUCUGAAGCUUCUGACAGUCUGGCACAUCAGCCUCCACCUCACAACCCAGUGCAAAUGGUGGAUCCAAUUUUACCACUACAGUUACCCCCACCUCUACAACCUCAGCUGAUACAACCACAAUUGCAAACAGAUCCUCUUGGCAUUAUUUAACUAAAACAACUGAUAGUAAAGAGGAGGUUGCAGGCAGCUUGGCACUGGAUAGAAAAGAAAAACUGCACAUGCAUGUUCCAAGAAACAAAAACAACUUUCAUAGUUAUGAAAGAAUUUGGAUUCAAACUCAGACAUUUUUGUUGUAGUCAUACUUUACACCUUGUGCAUAAACACUACAGGCCAAAAUUAUGUGAUUAGCAUGACUGGAGAGGUUUAAUUUUUUAAAACAGAAAUAACUAAAGUGCAAAGCUGCUGUUGCAUGAACGUUUAUUGCAAUCACUAUCAUUCCUGUGACAGUUUGUCACAAUAUAUUGUGAAUAAAACUUUUCUAUAGAAAUGUAAUGAUUAAAUAAAUCAUGUAUGGAACAUUCAAAGCUUACAGCCUGCUUUAGGGCUGUUUUUGUUAUUUAAUGCUCUUUUUUCCUGAUAGUUUCAUUCUCAUGUAGCCCUUUGCUGUGAACAGCCAAAAUACAGCUGUAUCAUGUUUGUACAUUCUGAAAUACUUAUGCUACAUUACGGUUUCUUAUAACUGCACUGUUAUAAAUACUACACUCCCACACUUUACAUUUUUCCUAAAGAAACCUGUGGACAUUUUUGUUUAAGGGGUUGGUAAAAUUAUUUUUUCUUACAGCACAAUACCAAGGACAUGCUUAUUGUAAAAGUGAGUUUAAAAUUGUGCAAAAAUAUUGCUAUUACCUACUUUCCCCUUAUUUUGCAUUAAUGGAUGAAACAUUUUGUAAUACUGUUAUUUCUGUAAACAGUUGCAUGUUUGAAAGAUCAUUGAUGAUCUUAUAAGCCAAUCUAAUAUAUUUUAGAUAUUUUAAUUUUUCCCACUGAAGAAUUCAUCUAGUAUAUAGAAAACAAGUUUGACAUUUUCAUAUACAGCUAUAUAACUUUUCAUACAUAAAUGAGAACUUUGUUGUAGUGUAAACUUGCUAAACCAAACAAUCUAGGUCUUAAAUUUAACAUAUACACUAUAUUUUUCUGUGACCCUUUAAAGGUAUAAAAAAGCAUUGCUAAUAUAUAGCAAUAAAUACUUUGGGUACUGAAGCAUCAUGAUAUGUACAUAAAAUGACAUUUGUAUUCAUGUAGGUUCCCCCCCCCCCCGGGUACUCUCUUGUACUAAACAUUCAACAUUAUUAUUAUUGCAACAUUUUUUUUACCUUGGUACAUGUUUUGCUGUAAAAGAAUGCUGCUUAAGUUUUCAACAUUCUUGGUUAAUCGUUGAUGUUUAGUAACUGUGAUAACAAGCUAGUAAUGAUGAAACUUGUUAGAGUAAACCUAAAAUAUUUGAGUUGGACUCAGAUUUUGCCAUCUGCAAAUGGAAAGGUUCCUUCCAUUCACAGAAGGCUUUUGAUCCAACCAAGGGUCCCACUGUAGAAUUGUGUAUGGUUGGAGGGGUGUGUGAGAUAACUUUUAUCCAUUUCCUUAUGCUAUCCCCAGAACCACCUCCACAGUCUAGCAGAGGUUUGGAAGCAACAAAAUACAUAAUUCUGCAAAAAUGAUUUGCCUUUUCCCACCAGUGAAAAUGGUUUGGAUCUAAGCAUUUGUGUUUCCUUACUACCCUUUUCUGUCAUAUUCAGACUAUGUUCAAAAAAGAAGAUCUUGAUUUAUUUAGAUGCUGGGAUUUCUUGAGUUGAUGAAAAAAGUUUACCAUGGCCACUGUAAUUUUUCAUAGUUUGCUGUGUAUUAUUGCUAGUAGAACCAUUUGAAAUACUAAGGUUCUUCUGAAAGUUCGACCUGCAAAGAUUUUUAAGAAUUACGGUUCCUAAGAGCUUUGCUCCAUUUCUCUAAAAUAAAACAUGGCUUUUUCAUUUGUUAUGUCCUAGGUAUUGUACUUCUACUUAAAACCUGAAUUAUCAUUCUAGUUAAGAUAUCGGAACACAGGCUGCUGUUAGAAGUAUUUGUAUUUUAUAAAUUAUCUUGAUAUUUGUGUUAUAUUCUUGCAAGUAGUUAUCCUUUUUAAACAACAACAACCCCUCCAUUCUAAUUCACAGCACACAGGAUAUAAAUACAAUAAUAAAAAAUUGCCCUGUAAAUGUUGUAGCAUUAACUUGUUUUACAUUACAUCCCUUGUUUAAAUAGCUUUUAUUUAUAAUCACCAGUUUAACAUAGGCAUGCUAAAAGAAGAAUUAAACUUCAAUGAGUUUUAUAAACUGUUUCUAGGUUGCUAAAGAAUUUAUUUUUCUACUAUAGAUGGUAUAGAAAAAAGCAUCAAACUGUACAGAAAAAGCUUAUUUCUAUUGCAGUUAGGCUUAAAUUUUUUAGUGUUAUACAUAUGAAGAAUGUUGUCUAACAUAAUGCAAGUUGAGAUUUCCCCCCCGUUUGGAAUCAUCUUUUUGUAUGUCAGUAUAAUUGAGUUAUUUUGCAUUGAUACACUAUUUUGUUACCCAUUUGGACCAGUUUGCAGAACUUGUUUUCAAAUCAUUAUAGGCAGUGAUUUGAAACUACUGAUUCUGAAACUGCUUAUUUUAAAUGCUUUUAGUUGGCCUAGGACAUUAUCCAUCACGGUCAUCAUGGGCACCUUGAUGGAGUAAUGCAUUAGUAUGUCUAUGUCUGCAUAUCCCACAACCAGUCUAUAAUUUUAGCACCCCAUGCUGUGAUUUAAAUCUGAAUCAUCUCCAUUGAUGGCAAGCUUCAUUACGAAAAUAUUUGCUCAUAUCACCUAUGUGUCAUUUCUUCUGUAAUUUUUACAUUAAAAUUAAAGUGCUAUGGAUGCUAUCCAGGAGCUUCUCAGCAGCAUCUAUUUUUUUGACUUGCUUUUCUUCAGCAUCUUCUUAUACAUACAUAUGUGUAAGUGUGUGUCACACUCAUCACUUCCCUAUUAGAAACAUUAGGAGGGGCUGACAGGAAGCCUGGAAGAUAAUUGAAUAAAACGUUUGUAGGUUGAGGGCAUUUCAUAAUCUAUGAGAGCCUUUUGCAUAUCACAGUGUUAAAAAAAAUAGAUCUACACUGAAUUGCUACAUUUAGCAAAUUUGCUUGUUCAUUUUGUCUAAUGAAUUCCCUUCUAAUUCCCCCCUCCCGAAAUUUCAAGACACAGAAAAUUUGUUGAUAUUGUGAACCCAUUCAGUUUUACAGUGAGUUGAUCAGUGCGUAGCAUUUGUCAUUUUGACUUCUGCAUCCUUCAUACUGACCUUUGUUAUAUUUUGUAUGUUCCUGAAAUGUAUAGCUUUCUGUUGUACUCCUGGGCACCACUGUGCUUGCAUAAAUCCCAUUGAGUUCAAUGAGAUGGAUUAUAGCCUUAGGCCAUGAUCCUGAGCUCGGUUACUGGAGAGUAUUUCUAAAUAACUGGUUAGUAACAAAUAGCUGCUCUGUUUUCAAUGUGUAUUCGAACAUUUUAAGAAUAUAGUUUCUGACAUAACACAUUAAGUGGCUUUUUAUAUUAAAUGAUGUUUUACAGAUUAUUUUUACAUUACAUUCAAACUUUAAGGAUUUUAACAUAGUGUAAAUAGAUAUACAACUGUAAUGAAGAACAACAAUUUUCCAUGGUGUAUUUUUUUCUGCAUUACUUGAAUAUUGGUUCCUAGAAACUACCACUGACUUGUUUAUUUUUGAGGUACUGGAGUUUAGUUUCUGAUUCCUUUAAAACUGUAAAGAAAUGAAUCAAUUGGCAUUUUUUUUUAAAAAAAGCCUUAGUUUCCAUUAACUGUGAUACUGUAUCAGCUGAAUAUAUAUACAUAUAUAUAAAAAUAUAAUUUUAAAGUUGGUUAUACUUCAUGUAAUCUUGUCACCACCUACAGAAUGCUACAGUGAAUUAAAUCUCAGUGAAGCUUAUCUGUAUGCAGAAUGCAAUGAAUAAAACAUUAAGAUGCCUACUGUG